AUGGCAGGGCUGCUUAACUACUACUUCCUCAUCUGUGCUGCGAUUGUGCGGAUCUCCAGCCGGUACCUGGAACCGAAAGGAGUGUCUUCCCACUUCAACCUGCAGUGUUUCAUGCUUUAUCCCAAGUACAUGUCAUGCCACUGGAGUCCACAGGAUGGUGCUCAGCCCAAUGCAACUCUCCACCUCAGGUACAAGAUGAGGGGAGCAACAGAAGUUGAAGAGUGCAAAGACUACAUCACCCAGGGCCCAAACUCCUGCUACUUCAGCCGUGUCAACCUGUGCCUGUACCUGACCUACGAAAUCUGGGUAGAAACUGCCAGUGAGAUGUCGGAGAAGCUGGUUGUUAACACGGAAGACAUCGCCAAAACAGAACCGCCGACAGGCCUGACCGCGAUGGGAUUUGGCACCCACCUGUCCGUGGAAUGGCAGUACCCGCCGGGCAUCGCUGCCUCCUUUUACCCAUUGGUGUUUGAACUCCGGUACUGGGAGCAGGGGAGCAGGGACUGGAAGAGAGAACCCGAUGUGGGUGAACAGAUCAGCUACUCCCUCGAGGACGUGACACCAGGCACCACGUACCGCCUCCAGGUUCGCUGCAAGCACGCGGAUGGGAAGGGCUUCUGGAGCGAGUGGAGCGCUCUCGUCACAGUCCAGUCCGGACGGCACAGCACGAAGCCAGCACCCGAUGCCGAGCCGCAGUAGGGGGGCCACCGCCUUGGAGCAGGGCAGUGGCUCAGCCAGCCUUGCACA